AUGCGAAGACCAUUAGCCAUUAUGGAAGGUAAACCAAUUCUAAUAGUUGUGUCAUCGAUUAAGGAUGAAAGAGAACUAAAGAGGCAGAGACGGAAGCAGUCAAACAGGGAAUCAGCACGUCGUUCUAGGUUGCGCAAGCAGGCAGAAUACGGAGAACUGGCUCAGCAUGUGGAUGUUCUGAAAGAGGAGAAUACAACUCUUAGAGCCGAACUCGACAAUGUUAAGAAAGAAUACGAUGAACUUCUUACCCAAAAUGCUUCUCUUAAGGAGAGAAUGCAAGGAAAAGCCAGAGGACUAUCUUCAGUAAUCAAUAACAUCCAGAUCGACUUAGAUUCCGAUCCACAAUCUGUGAAGUCAGACUGUAAGCAGGGCGAUCACUAACCUGCUUCAAUAACAUCAACUGAACUUAACCCUAACUAAACCAUGACAGCAUCUCUGACUCAUAGCGGAGUAGAUAAUCUGAUGCGGGUUACUUAUUUCAUUCACUGCAUCAUCCAUGUCGUCAAUACCAAAUGCGGAUUUGCCUCGAUUGAUCUUUUAGCAGUCAAGGCAGAGCAUAAGCAAGCUGGCUCAUCAUUUAAGACUGAAGCCAUGUAGUUUUAUUCAUACCGAGUGAGAUUGUAAUUGCGAGUGACCAUGCAACCUGACAUGUUCGAUAUGAUAUUACGAUCGAGAAGUAGAAUUACUAUCAGCUACUGACUCGAUUUAUCCAUUUUAUUAAGUGUGAGCUUUUCGUAAA